GGGCGGGGAGGGGGGGUCCGUCCUGCUUGUGCCUUGCAAAAGUCCACGCCGCCAAAAACUUUGCUGGUUUUUGCACGAAGAAAAGCGGGUUUGGUAACAGCGCUUGGGCUCGCAAGGGCUUCUGGGAACCGUAGUUUUGUUUUAAUACGGAGAUCAAUGAGAGAGACCCUUCUAUGGGUCCUGACACCCUCACAGGCACGUCUGGUGGAAACACGGGGGAAAAGCCUUCUCGGUGGUUGCCCCCCGGCUCUGGAACUGCCUUCUUGGGGAGGUUAGACUGGCUCCCUCCCUGCUGGCCUUCAGUCGGCGGACUUUCCUGUUCCGACAGGCUUUUGUGAACGGACUGCAAGAACUAUUUAACGGGGCUGUUUUUACUGACCUGAGCCAUCUUUAAACAAGCAUCUUCAGCGCCAUGGGCUCCUCCUGCUAAAAACCCUGCAGAGCGAGAGUGGUGGUAGCGGUGGGAAAGACAUUUUUUGCUCCUCCUUUCCAGACCAAACUAGAUCCAGCCCUGCCGCAACCCAGACGGAAAAUGGAGCAGAAGUUUCCUGAGGGCCUCCGAGGAAGAAGAAGAAAUGUCUUGGGAGACCCUGGCAAAAUCUCGAUGCACAACUCUCUACAGAGAACCAUAAAGGAGAAAGAGAAGGAGCUGCCUUGGCUGUGGGAGAAAGAGCCAAAGAAGAUCCAGGGGCAACUCAUGCAGUGGAAUCCAGCGCACCGGUAUCUGCUCAAGUCAUGGGAUGAAGAAACUGGAUCCCUGGCCUCCUUCAAGGGAGCAGUUAGCAACAGCUUGCACCCUGAACAUGCAGGGGUGAUUCAGUUCCCCCCAACCCUCCGCAAGGAAUCUCCACAGAUCUGCAGAGCAGAAGCCAGUGGGGAUAUGGAGGCAGAAGCACCAGGGAAGGGCUUCCUAAGACGGGAAGCACAGCGUCAACGCUUCAGGGAGUUCCUUUACCAGGAGGCUGAGGGGCCCCGAGAGGCUUGCAGGCGGCUUCGCCAUCUUUGCUGUCAGUGGCUGAAGCCAGAGCGACGCACGAAAGAGCAGAUCCUGGAGCUGCUGAUCCUGGAGCAAUACCUGGCGAUCUUGCCGCUAGAGAUCCAGAGCUGGGUGAGAGAAUAUAGCCCAGGUAACUGCUUCCAGGCGGUGGCCCUGGUUGAGGAUUUCCUGCAGAAGCGACAAAAGGCCAAGAGGCGGAAGGGUCAGCUGUUCCCAGAGGAGGAAGUGAACCCUGCCGAGGAAGAUCAGGUUCCAUCAGAAAUGGGGCUGGAGGCCUCUUUUGUCAAGCAGGAGGCUGGCGAGGAUGAUGGCAUGGGAGCAGAGGGAAGGCGAACGGUGAAGGUACUGGUAGAAGAUUUACAGCCAGAAAGAUCUCAGCAUGCAGAAACGGCCUCAGGAAUUGCAGAGAAAGUUCUUGCCCAGUGUUGUGAGCAGACAGAAGCCCCUCAGAUCCAACAGAACCUGCUACGGGGGCAAGAAACUCACCUGGAGAAAAUUGCCAAUGAUCUUGCUCCUUAUAUGAGUGACCUUGGAGAGUCCACAGCUGAAUGGGUCAUCCAAAAGGGUCAGAAUGGUGAGACAAGCUCUGAGUAUGGGCAGGCUUUCCCUAUGAGUCUGAGCCUUAACAGACCUCAGGGAACCAACAUGGUGGAGAAACGGUAUAAAUGUUUGGCCUGCGGAAAAAGCUUUGGUGUGAGAUCAGGCCUCAUUGCACAUGAGAGAACCCACACAGGGGAGAAGCCGUAUCAAUGUUCAGACUGUGGGAAGAGCUUCAGCGUGAGCUCCAGCCUCAGUGCUCACAAGAGGACCCACACAGGGGAGAAGCCGCACCAAUGUUCACAUUGUGGGAAGAGCUUCACAGUCAGCUCAGCCCUCAAGAGGCAUUACAGGACACACACAGGCGAAAAGCCAUAUGAAUGCUUAGGCUGUGGGAUGAGAUUCUGCCAGAAAGCCAGCUUGAUGAUCCACCAGAGAAUCCAUACAGGGGAAAAACCUUGCCAGUGCUCAGUCUGUGGGCUGAGCUUUAGUGACCCCUCAGUCCUUUUUGCUCACUAUAGGACCCAUAAGGGAGACAAACCGUACCAGUGUUCCGAAUGCAGCAAGAGCUUCUGCCAAAGACGGGACCUUGUUAACCACCAGAAGAUGCACUUGGGGGAGAGGCAGUACAAAUGCUCUGAAUGUGGGAAAAGCUUCAGCGUGAGCUCGCGCCUUAAGAAACAUCAGAAAAUCCAUACAGGGGAGAGGCCGUUCCAGUGUUGGGAGUGUGGGAAAAGGUUUUGUUCAAGCACAGACCUCAUCAUCCACGAGAGAGCCCAUGCGGGAGACAAGCCAUACAAAUGCUCCUUCUGUGGUAAAAGGUUCUGCCGCAGCUCCGAGGUUGUUAGUCAUGAGAGAAUCCACACGGGUGAGAAGCCAUACAAAUGUCUUGAGUGUGGAAAAAGCUUUAGUGUUAGCUCACGCCUUAGUACACACAAGAGGGUCCACACGGGGGAGAGGCCAUUUAAAUGCUUGGAAUGUGGGAAAGCGUUCAGUUAUAAAGCACACCUUGUCACACAUCAGAGAGUCCACACAGGAGAACGGCCAUAUAACUGCUCAGUAUGUCCGAAAACGUUCCGUGGGCGUACCUGCCUUAUGGCGCAUGAGAGAAUCCACACAGGGGAGAGACCAUUCAAAUGCUUGGACUGUGGGAAAAGCUUCCUUAACAGCUCAAACCUUGUUACUCACCAAAGAAUGCAUUUAGAAAGAAAUUGAUAAUGUUUAGAAUGUAGAACACUAUAGAACAUGCCUAGGAUUUCACAAGAAAUGUAAAGUUUCUGUUUGAAUAGUUGCUUCUAGUGCUAGAAAUAAGCAUGCAAAUAUUGCAGCAGUCUGAGACCCAUUUAAAGAAAUAAACAGCAAGAGCUGUAUGGAAUUGCCA